AUGGCGGAUCUAAAGAGACAUUGGUGUGCCUGGGCUCUAGAGGUCUCUGAUAAGCUGAGGAGGAGUCAGCAGCAGGUACUUCCUCCUAUCCUGUGGAUCCUUCUCCUCUUCCUGCUCAUGGGACCAGGAGCCUCUGGAGAGGAAACACCCCCAAAAGUGAUAUCAGGGACCCUAGGGGGUUCUGUGACUUUUUCCCUAAACAUCUCAUGGGAUACAGAGAUUGAACAUAUUGCCUGGAAUUACCCCCCAAAGACUCUUGCUAUAAUGGAUUCCAAAAAAGAUAUAGUAAUUCUGGACAGAAAAUACAGUGGCCGACUCAAGAUCAGCAGAGACGACUACUCCUUGUAUAUGAGUAACCUAAACAAGGGUGAUUCAGGAUCUUACCAGGCUCAGAUCAACCAAAAGAAUUCUAACGUAACCACAACGGAAGCAUUCUUACUGCAUGUCUACGAGAAGCUGCAGGAGCCCCAAGUCGCCGUGCAAUCUGUGACCUCGUCUGAGAAUGAUUCCUGCACCGUCACUCUGAUCUGUACUGUGAAUGGGGCAAAGGACGGUGUCCAAUACAACUGGACCCAAAAGGACACGCAUUUUAAUAGCUCCCAAGGGAGCCACAUCCUCACAGUUUCCCAGAGCAUCUGUGACCCGGACCUACCGUAUAUCUGCAAAGCCCGGAAUCCAGUCAGCCAGAACAGCUCCCAACCUGUCCAUGUCUGGCAGCUCUGUGCAGGGGCCUCCAGAAGAAAAACAGCCGGAGAGACUCUGGUAGGGAUCCUGGGAGAGUCGGUGACCCUGCCCCUGGCAUCUCUGGCCAGUCAGGACACAAAGAAAAUUGUCUGGGUGUCGAACGCGAACACGAGCACGUCGAUUAUCAGCAAAGACUGGCAAGGAGCAGCAACGGCCGACCCUCACCGUGAAUUCAGAGGUCCUGAAGAACCGAGGGUGAGGAUCUCUGACCAGGACUACUCCCUGAAGAUCACCAGGCUGAAGAUGGAGGAUGCCGGCCCCUACCACGCCUACGUGUGCUCAGAGGCCUCUGGAGAUCCCAGGGUGUCAUACUUCAACCUGCUCAUCUACGAGAGACUGAAGAAGCCCAGUGUCACGCAGAGUCCCGUGCAAAGAAAGAACAGCCUCUGCAAGGUCGUCCUGACCUGCUCAGUGGAAGAUGGCGGAAACAAUGUGACCUUCACGUGGAUGCCCCUGCAAAAGAAAGCUGUUACGUUCCAAGGGAGCUCACAGCUCAGCAUCUCCUGGAAAAGUGGUGACCAUUUGCCUGACUUCACCUGCACAGCCCAUAACCCUGUCAGCAACAGCUCCAGCCAGUUUUCUUCUUCUGAGACCAUCUGUUCAGGCCCUAAGAGACAAAUGAAGCUUGGGAUCCUGCUCCUCCUGGUGUUUAUUGUCCUUUUAUUCUUGGGGAUAGUCCUCAGCAGUUGCUACAUUUUGAAGCGAAAGAAACAUUGUACACCUUUGGUCAUCAGGUACAGCCAAGCCGAGGCUCCAGCAGAAAUACCAGAAGGCCCAGCCGGCCACAUGAAUUUUGCCAUGCUCUCCCAACGGUACGAGAAACUAGGCAUGGCCAACAAGACCGAGUGCCAGUCUUUGCCCACAUCAGACAGCAGCUCUGACAGCAGAGCAACAAUAGAAGAGACUGAGGAGAAGAGCAGAAUGCACAGCACUGCCGACGGUAGAAAUGAGGUGUACGACUUGGCCACUCAGGAGGACGCUGCAUAUGACUUGGCCUCUGAGGGGCAAGCAGACUAUGAAGCAAUCACUCCAGAUGAUGCAGUGGUUAAGUCUGAGGAUGAAGAGGAAAUGGCUUAUGCACAAGUGUGCCUGAGUGCUCAGGGAAAGAUGCCAGUUCCUCAGAAGGAAGAAGACUCACAUACAAUCUACUGCUCUGUUCAGAAACCUAAGAAGAUGGUGCAAACAGCACAGGAAGAUGCUGAGGAUCCUGGAAUCUCUACCUAUGAAAAUUUCACCUGAAGUGAAAAGCAGCUAUUUCUCCUGCGGUGAGAAUUUGGAGAAAAACAGAGCUCGUAAAUCCUACUGUUUCUGCAGAAAGAGCACAUCAGAAUUUCUUGCAGUAGCUCAGACUCGCCUGAAUUUCAUCUCUUCCUUUUCUUCUAGUCCCCAUUACCUCAUUAGCCCAUUUAUAGGUCAGGCCCAGGCUCCUUGGAGCCUACAGGCUCUGAACAUCCUUGCUUUAUUUGUCUCUAUUCAUCCAUUACGAUUCCUCCUCUGAUCUAAAACCCUGUGGAGAGGGGAACCAGACACCUUUUCUGCCUCUGAAUGACUACUGCCUCCGCAGGGAGCUGUCCAUAAGGACAACCUUUCCUGCCUCGGUCUACUGCCUUCACAGUGAACUCCUUGUACAUUUUGCAUACUUUGUAUACUUUAUAACCCCUCAAAGAACGACAGUGGCCAGACCUCUGCCUAAGGAAGGCCCAGCAGCCCAGUGUCUCUCCCCCUCCCAUCCCUGACCUCUGUAACUGUCAUCUCCAGCCCCUCAGUAGGACUCAU